AUGUAUAAAGAGUGGGCAGUGGUGAAUAUUCUCAUGAUGUCCUACAUGUACCUGGUGCAGGGCUUCAAUAGUGAACAUGGACCAGUGAAGGAUUUGUCUUUCGAGCGAUCAUCCCAGUCAAUGUUGGAACGAUCUGAACAACAGAUCAGAGCUGCUUCUAGUUUGGAGGAGCUGCUGCGUAUCGCACACUCUGAAGACUGGAAGCUGUGGAGAUGCCGGCUGAAGCUCAAAAGUCUUGCCAGUAUGGACUCGCGCUCGACAUCCCAUCGCUCCACCAGAUUUGCGGCAACUUUCUAUGAUACUGAAACGCUAAAAGUUAUAGAUGAGGAAUGGCAGAGAACCCAGUGCAGCCCUAGAGAGACAUGCGUAGAAGUCGCCAGUGAGCUGGGAAAGACAACCAACACGUUCUUCAAGCCCCCCUGUGUGAACGUGUUCCGGUGUGGAGGCUGCUGCAAUGAGGAGAGCGUGAUGUGUAUGAACACAAGCACCUCCUACAUCUCCAAACAGCUCUUUGAGAUAUCAGUGCCUCUGACAUCAGUGCCUGAGUUAGUGCCUGUUAAAAUUGCCAACCAUACAGGCUGUAAGUGCUUGCCCACCGGCCCCCGCCAUCCCUACUCAAUUAUCAGAAGAUCCAUUCAGAUCCCAGAAGGAGAUCAAUGUUCUCAUUCCAAGAAACUCUGUCCUAUUGACAUGCUGUGGGAUAACACCAAAUGUGAAUGUGUUUUACAAGAUGAGAAUCCACUCCCUGGAACAGAAGACCUUUCUUACCUCCAGGAACCAGUUCUCUGUGGACCACACAUGAAGUUUGAUGAAGAUCGUUGUGAGUGUGUCUGCAAAACAUCAUGUGCUGGUGAUCUCAUUCAGCACCCAGAAAACUGCAGUUGCUUUGAAUGCAAAGAAAGUCUGGAGAGCUGCUGCCAAAAGCACAAGAUUUUUCACCCAGAAACCUGCAGGUCAAUGGUCUUUUCGCUUACCCCUUAACUUGCUUGACUGGUGGCAUUUAAAGGACAUCCUAAUCUGAUUUCAUGGGGCUCCUUGUUCUCAUUGCCCAAGCACCCCCUUAAUAAGACAGACAGAGGUUUGGCAUCUAAGACAUAAGUGGAAGUUUAUAGAGUAAUGAUUAACUUUUUUGUUGUUGUUCCAAAACAGGAUUUCAUGAAUUACAGACCCUCACCACCAUGCCUGCUAUUAUGCUAUCAUAAGCAAAAAAAGAAGUCACUGACAUUUAAGCAACCAGGUUAAGAGAGGUUCAGAUCAGCAGACUAAUUCUCUCUGUUUCUCUGUCUGUCUCUGUGUGUGUGUGUGUGUGUGUGUGUGUGUGUGUGUGUGUGUGUGUGUUCUUGAUGAAGAGGCUAGCACUAGAUUCCUGUAGGCAAGAUAUGGAUGACUAUAAUCCUUGGAGGUCGUUGAUUGGGCUUUGAUCAAUUUCAAAACCUACCCAAACUAACCACUGAGAUUUUUUUUAAUAAUUAAAUUUGUCUUUGACAAUUUCAUGCACAUAUAAAAUGCAUUCUAAUUACUUUUACCCCUACACUCUUUGAACCCCAGCACACUCUUGUCAACCCAUUUCUUCCCUGCAAGUCCCUUUCCCACACCCAGGUCUUUCUGUUUUGUUUUGUGACCCACUAAGGGCAGUUGGAGCCAUCUGUGUGACCACAGGCUUGGAACUCUCUGUCAGAGCUCAUUCCGCUCACCCACCAGUAGGUCCACAACUGAAGACAGUGACUCCCCGUCUCCCAGAUUCUAUCAGUAGCCAGCCCACAGUUCAUUACAGAGGGGUAGGGCCCCAAGAGCCCCUCACAAAUGCGUAAGUAGCUGUUGAGAAGUUCCACCUUGUGCAGGCCUAGGGCAGAUUCUUGCUGCUGCUGUGAGGUCCUGAUUGCAAAGGCUGCAACAUGCCUAGAGGAUGGUAUGCCUAAUCCUUCUCUCUGUCUUCUGAUUCUGACAUUUUCCCAGCUCCUCUUCUCCUACGUGCCCUGGGCUUUAGAGGAGGAGGCAUCAACAUCUUGGUUAAGGCUGAGCCCUCAGCCGGUUGAGUGCCCAUUUAGAAUAUUACAUUGACACUUUAAAUACAUGUCUGGAAAUUCUCCUUUGAAAGCAGAAUCAAAUGAAAUCAGAACUGAAUGCUUUAUCUGAAGUUGAUCCUUGCCUCUAAAGUCUCGUCUUCACUUUCUUUUCGACAGCUGUGAGGACAGAUGUCCUUUUCAUACCAGAACAUGUGCAAAUAGAAAGACAUCCUAUGGAAAGCACUGGCGCUUUCCAAAGGAGAGAAGGGCCUAGGGACUCCACAGUCAGGAGAAUCCUUGAUUCAACUUUCUCCCAAGUUCCCCACCCCCGUCAUUUUAAACAGCAGUCUGCUUUGGCUAGUUGCUCUCACUGGUGCCCAACCCCCAGGUGUUAGAGAAAUUGAUUUUCUCUAGUGCCAUGGUGAAUCCACAUUUCCAUGCAAUAGCUGCUGUGUGAUUCUCUGGGUCCCUGACAGAUUACUUCUAGCUUCAGAUGCCUCUGCAUACCAGUGCUCAGAGAGGAAGGGGUCUGCGGGAGCCCAUUGUUUUGAUGAAUGGGCAAGGGUUGCCUGCCAUCGACUAGCAGGUACCAUGUGAUUGAUCACUCAGACUGGCAAAGUCCGAGUGCAGUGCUUAUGAAUUAUUCUGGUUCUUUCUUAUGUGGAAUUUCAUUUGUAUGAUCAGCACUGAUGUAAUUCCUGUUCAGCUUGUACUUUUCAAGUUUCCUGAACCACUGCCUGAUGUUUCAUAUUUAAAUGUAUUUAAAGGAAAUA